AUGGAGGAGCAAAGUAAAUCGCAACAGACGAAGGUAGUCACCGCCAAUAAGCUCCUGCCUUCCAUUCUCCAUGGCUCUUCACCUCUACUACCACCGGUACUAAACGGUUCUAAACCUAAGGAAGAGCCAGGGAAGGCACUAUUGUUGGAGUCAAUUGAAGAUGACUCCCUCUGGUACAACUACAUUAGGGUCACCAAAGAUGGCGAACUUCUUACAGAAGCCUGUAGGAUGUUCCCAAAUUACUGGAAAGUACAUCACCGAUGUGCGUUGUUUCAUCUAUUGCACAAACGGACGCGCCAAACUUUUGAAGUAUACACCGCAGCUGUCAAAAACAAUGAUGAUUACACGCUACAUGUAUCCUAUCUUAAGUUCCUAUACCAUAUGGCAUCCGUACACGAGUAUAUUGCGGCGCUAUUCACGGCACUCGACAAGGUCGGUUUGGACCUAAGAGCAGAUCCUUUAUGGAAGGAGCUGAUAACCGUGUUAGUGAAGAUAUACAACUGUAAGCUUAUGGAACGCAAUGUUCACACGGGAUUGUUGCCUAAUCUAUUUCCCUCGGAGUCGGUGGUCUCUUCAGCAGGUGGACCACUAUACCCUUCGGAGGCUGAACAGGUGGUGUUCCGUGGCGUGAACACGUUGGACAAGAAGGAACAGACAUAUCUGCAACUGUACAGUGAUGUCAACCACGUACGUAAGAUGUUUCAAAGGUGGCUAAAAACACCAACUAACAACCUCAAACAUGCUUGGGAUGGAUACUCCAUGUUCGAGAACAUCGUGAGCGCUGCAAACGUGCUGUGCACCAAACUACUCGCUGAUGCAAAAAUCGUAUAUGAAGCAUCAGUUGAAGUUUAUGAAAAACUAGCAUUGAUGUACCGCAAAGUACUACCAGCAAAACCGGCAUGUAAACGCCAAUUAAACGAAGAACAAAAAGCGGAACGAGACCGUUUAACCAACUGUUGGAUCGAUAUCAUAAAAUAUGAGGAGAUAAACCCUCUAAACCUACCAACCGAUGAAAUGGUAGAAAGAAUUGCAUUUACAUUUAAGGCGGCACUUACACCUCACGUCUUUUCUGCACGGCUAUGGUAUAUGUAUUUCCAGUUUUUACUGGCAAAUUCACAGCAAGACAAAGCUAUCUCCGAGUUAAAAAUUGCGUUAAAGAAUUUCCUUGGCGAUGACAGCAAAAUGCAAUUUGUGCUUGCUGCAUACCUAGACGAUCUCGGUUCCUCUGCAGAUGCGUCCAUCGAGUUCAAAAGGCUCGUUGAUAUUGGACUUAAACUUGUAGACGAGGGUGUUACCGAUAAGGAGGAUAUACACCUUCGGCAACUUCUGCAGUUCGAUGAGACAGGUGUCGUUGCCAACGUCCAACCAAUCAAACUCAUUCACUACCUUAACUACAUCCGGCGUAACAUGGGAUGUAUAAAGUGGCGUGAAGACCUACAUCUGCUACUGACUAAAGGGGAACUUCGCAGCUGGGAGCUUUAUUGGUACGCCGCAGAUACAGAACUUCGCUGUUUCCGUGAUCUGGAUGCCGCGGCAAAUAUACUAAACCAAGCACAACAUAGUAUGCCUUUUGACAUGUAUUACACCAUACUUCAUAUAAAGUUCCUACUUAAUAUGGGACGUAUGGUGGAUGCACGUGUUCUUCUAACUGAAAUUCUGGUUGGGGCUACUGUGGUUGGCGAAAACAAGUCAAAAUACACAGCACAGGAGAAAAUGGAGUUGUGGUACUUUUGGCUACACGCCGAAUACUUCUACGGGUCGAAAGCCCACUUUACACAAGUACAAUCGCUUUUCGUGCAGGAUAGAAUCGCCAACGAGGUUGGUCUCGAUACCUUCGCAGAAAAAUCCAAGCACGACGCACCGAUCAACGUCAGGCAGUUGUUCGGUGAUAUCGGACCCACUUUUGUGCAAACACACAUGGACUCCAGCAAACGAGUGGCUACGGAGGGUAUGAAUUCUGUUGUUGAGCUUCGACGACGUCUUUUCUGCGGUGGACUGGACUACGAUGAACUCGAUCCUAUAUUCAUGCUGGGUGAUCACCAGCUGGCUCCCAAGGUCGACGCUGCCAGUUCUACUCCCGCAUCGACAAUUGAGGCGAAAGUGAGCCCUUCGAAUUUCACCCGGCGAUCGGCAACUGAAGACGCUCAACGUUCUCAGCGGGUCUCCAUCGUGAGGCCGAACGUGUCUGACAUGUCAGCUCUGGACCCUGCGAGUAGCGGCGCACUCGAAGCUAUCGCGACUCUACAUGGCAGCAAGCGUCCGGUUCUUCCCGAAGAGGGAACUCCCAUCGAUGCUGUGGCUACACCUCCCAAGGUGCUAUUUGACCUUCUUCGUGUGUUGCCCACACCGUCUCGCCAUGGCGCAUUUCCUAAAAUGUAUGCAAACAGUGAUGCUGUCGAAUAUCUACUGCGUUCUCUUGAUAGCACCACCUUUGAACACGUACCGCUGAAUGACUAUGAACCGAUACCUGUCAAUCAGUUGCUGCACGUCAAGAGUGGCUCUGCGUCUGACGGUCCGUUGUUAGAGACAACUCUUGAAUCUGGCGUGGAAAACAGUGGAACGGAUCUUAACAGCGGUUUAUUUUCAAUUUUGCGUUUUCUUGAGCCGCAACCCCGCCGACGACGGCGCUCGUAA